AUGGCGUCUAUGAUCUUGCCUAGCAUCAAGUGUUCGGAUUGCGGCUGCAAUGUCGAGAUCUCGGCCCUGGGGGAUCAUGUCUGCGUGCAGACGGGUUAUCCCCCUGCGCUCCCAUCACCUCCUCCCUCUGCUGGGCUAGAGUCACCCGGACUAUCGAAACAGAGAGGGCCUCCUCCGCGGAUUGAUCCUUCGGUUGCCAAUCAAGCAUUUCUGCAGCCGAAUGUGCCUACGCCCGCCAGCAUUGUCGGUCUAUCGCCCAUGUCAGUCAGCCCGGCACCGAAAUCUCCAAUGCCGCGCAGCCCGGCCGAUAACAACGCCGUGAUUGAGUUGGAUUCAGUCUUCUCGUUUCCAAUGCCGGGCAACAGGUCACCGACUCAUGUGCGGACACCCAGUCCAAUGACUGGAGGUGUGGCCAAAUCACUCCCACUCAUUCCGCUCACGACCUUCGGCCUGGGCAUGGUGCCGGAGAACAUCCAGCUGCCUCCCAGCCCACUUCCACCACAGUCACCAGCCUCGGAGCCAGCCCCAGAGCCAGCCCCAGAACCAAAGCAUUCAAGGGGGGAGUCGGUGGCUAGCCGCAGCAGCUACGGAUCGUCUUUUGCCAGCAGUCGCUAUGGUGACUCGACUGCGCGAUCAUCUACAAAUAGCUUUACUCGGGGCUUCAGAACUUUUAUGGACGACACACCGCCAGUACCGCCAGCUCCUCUUCGCACUCCACACAAGAACUCUUUCUCGCGCGAUUCAAACAUGUCCGUUGUUUCAUCCCGGGUUUCAUCGCGAAGUGAUCGAGAGGAGAUCCACGGCGGGUUCGACUUUGGCAUUCCGACAGAUCAGACCUCGACACUACACGAACUACCGGAAGAGUCCCCCUCCGACGAACAAAAGGACCAACACGACUACGAAUUCCAGUCCUCGACGCAGAACCAUCUGCACCCGGCGGCAGCAGCCGAGCCGGGUAGUGAUGCCCCUAGAAAAAACUCCGACGCAAGCACAGCCAGUGCGUUGUCCGUGACGAGCUUUGCUCGUGCUCUUGGUCUGGAGGACCAGAUGAAUCAUGACGGCUCGACCUCGUCGGAUUCCUCUCCGUCAGACGCCCGAAGUGGUAGUUCCAUGUCCAGCCUUCCAUCCGAUGCCAGCUUGAACCGACACAAGCCAAUUGAUCCUCUCAACCUCGGACCAUUGGUCGAGGAAUUACCUGCACGAACCCGACAGACCAUCUUGGAGAUCCCUGGCCGUCAACGCAGUCCUAUGGAGGAUGUCCCUACCAUUCCUGCCGCGUACUUCAGUCCAGAUUCGCCUACCGAUCCUGCCAUCGGCCAAGGAGGUUUGUCCUUGAUCGCAUCCAAGGCAGAGGUGAUCCCAACCCCAACUGGUCUAACACCGACAACCCAAUCAAGAGAACCUUCUCCCAUGCCACCACCUCAGCGAUCUUUCACAGCCCCGAUCCCCGGGCCACCGACUCGAUCGCCGACAAGUCGAUCAGCGGGUCGCUCAAAAGGAACCUGCAAGGGAUGUAACGAGGUCAUCACAGGAAAAUCGAUAUCCUCUUCUGACGGUCGUUUAACUGGUCGCUACCAUCGUGGUUGCUUCGUCUGCUUCGAGUGUCACUCACCUUUCCAGACUGCCGAUUUCUACGUUCUCAACAACCGUCCGUUCUGCGCACAACACUACCACGAGCGCAACGGUUCACUUUGCGCCGGCUGUCAUACCGGUAUCGAGGGUCACUACCUAGAGACCGUCGAGCGGAACCCUGCACGACCAGAUCGUCGUCGAUUCCACACCGAGUGUCUGCAGUGUCGCACGUGUCACAUCCUCCUCAAGGGCGACUAUUUUGAGUGGAAUGGCGAAGUCUACUGCGAACGCGACGCUCGUCGUGCCGCUGGCUACCAUCAACCACAUGGUCCCCCCGGCCCUCCUGGUCCUGGUGGACGUGCUGGCCGCUCUCGUCCUACUCUCGGAUCAUCUCCAUUGUCUCAGUCUCGUGAAUUCCCUCCGAGCGGAUACCCUUCGCCCAUGCCAGGACAGGGGCUGCGUCCCGGUGCGCGUCUCACCCCUGGCGGUGGAGGGCGUUUCCCCGAACGACGAACCACCCGGCUCAUGAUGAUCUGA